AUGCCUGGUGAUGGUCUUCCUCCAUCUGCUCUUGGAAAAGUCGUUGACUCCACGGCAACGUCAUACUUUGUCAACAAAAUGGCAACAAAUGCAUUGGCGGAUCGCCUGGCAAAAAGACGUCCUGGACACAGAGUGUGUCCACCUCCCCAAGGACGCGUACUAUCUUUCAGCACCAAGAGGUCCUUGAAACGGACCAUGAUCUUAGUUCCUGGUUUCAACAAUUUCCCGCCAACCGCCGUAGGCUCUAGUAUGACACGAGCUAGCGCGCUCGUUACUCUUUGGACAUCUCUCAAGCAGAUAUGCCUCAUCAAUUCUCUCCCCAUGUACGGCCGGAGAAACCUCUUCGCGUAUCUGGUCAAGCACGCCAGGGUUUUGUCCCAGAUGCGACAUGAGCCAAAAGGUCAACUUGUACAAGUUUCCUACUACGCUGACGUCGACUUAGCUUGGUAA